GUACAUAUAAUGUCAAUCGUCAUCUUCAUCGAUGUCAUGCCCUUUACCCCCAUAAAACCUCCCCAUUGACCCCCUCAUCUUCAAUGCAAAGUUAACCUUUAAAAAAAACCCCAGUUCGCCCCACUCCCUUCAAACCCUAAAAUUUUAACCCCCAAAGCAGAAAAGCUAAGAAAUCAAAGGCACAACUCUUUUGCUUCUUCUUCUUCUUCUUCUUUUUAUUUCUGUGAAAGGGAUGAGAGUCCCUGUUUGUUCCCCACAAGCCAACCAUUACCCGAUCCCAAAGCCUGACAUCAACAAUAACAAUAUUACUAUCACAGCCGGGAACAUCACUUUCCUUAACAGUAGUGUUCCAGCGAGCUCAUGCGAGCCAACAUUGGAUCUUGAUCUCCGUCGAAGCCCAAGUUCGGCGGUAACAGAAAAUCCGGUUUCGAAUCCUGCCGAUAAUUCUAAUUGUUUCUCAGUAUCGGGUCCUCAUCAGCAGCAGGCGGGUCUUGAGUGGGACGAGCAUGUGCUGCGAAACAUGGAUUGGGAUGCCAUCCUGAAAGACUUCGGAUUAGAUGAUGAAUCUGUGCCUGCUACCAAAACUAUUCCUCCUCAGGUCAUCAACCCUAGACUCGACAAUCACAUCCAAAACGUCCCCGAGUUAACGUCCUGCGAGUUGACUCAUCACCCCCUCCAUUCUGAUUUCAAUCUUUACGAAUCUUACUCGGGUCUUAAUCAAAACCCAUCUCAUAAUAAUUACUUUGAUGUUUCUAAUACUUGUAAUUUUCAUAACGUCGGCAACUUCAACUUGGGCUUUGAUUUUCUAGAAGAGCUGAUAAGAGCUGCGAAUUGUUUCGACACCCACGACUUGCAACUCGCGCAAGUGAUAUUGGACCGGCUCCACCAACGGCUACGAUCUCCCUCGGGGAAACCGUUACAAAGGGCCUCUUUUUACUUCAAAGAAGCUCUCCAGUCUCUAUUCACCGGGUCAACAUGGCCGAAUCCGGUUCGUUUAUCUUCAUGGAGUGAAAUCGUUCAAACUAUCGAAGCCUACAAGUCCUUCUCCGGGAUUAACCCUAUCCCCAUGUUCAACCACUUCACCACCAAUCAAGCUCUCCUGGAAGCACUGGAUGGAUCAGCACCGUUGAUUCACAUCAUCGAUUUUGAUAUUGGAUUUGGAGGCCAAUACGCUUCUUUAAUGAGAGAAAUGGCUGAAAGAAACGAUCAUUCUCGCAAGUUCAUUCGAAUAACAGCCGUGGUUCCCGAAGAAUAUGGCUUUGAGACAAGGCUUAUUGAAGACAACCUUAACCAGUUUGCUCAAGCACUUAGAUUAAGGUUUCAGAUUGAGUUUGUUCUGCUCCCAACAUUCGAGACCAUGUCUUUUAAAGCUUUUAAGUUCAUUAACGGAGAAAAAACGGCAAUCCUUUUAUCUCCGUCAAUAUUCCGAUGUCUGGGUUUACAGGUAACGGCCUUUGUGAGUGAUCUUAGGAGGAUUAGUCCAAGCGUCGUCGUUUUUGUAGAUAGUGAGGUGUGGAUGGAGUCAGGGACGACGACGUCGUUCCGGAAGAAUUUCGUGAAUUGUUUGGAGUUUUACGCCAUGAUGUUUGAGUCAUUGGACGCUGCGGGAGGGGAAUGGGUGAAGAAGAUAGAGACAUUGUUAUUGAGGCCGAGGAUAUUUUCGGCAGUGGAAGCGGCGGCUAGGACGGCGGCGCCGGCCUGGAGGGAGGUGUUUUGUGAGGCGGGAAUGAGGGCGGUGCGUUUGAGUCAGCUGGCGGAUUUUCAAGCUGAGAGUUUGUUACAGAAGGUGCAGGUUCGUGGAUUCCACGUGGCGAAAAGACAAGCCGAGUUGGUGCUUUGCUGGCACAAAACUGCCCUGAGUGCCACGUCAGUUUGGAGGUGUUAACUGUUAACGGAUAAGUGUGUAUAUUAACUUUUUACGGUGUUUGGGAUCUUUUUUAUGUUUUACUAUUUUCGAGGUAUCGUGGCAAAAUUACUUUAAUUUUUUUUCAGAAAUUAUAAUAUAAUUUUGAUAUAAUAAUAAAAUUACAUUUUUCCCUUUAAAA